AUGUCCAUCUUAAAGGAAUUUGGUGACAGUGAGGUGUUCAGGGCUUUCGCUACAUAUGUUGCAGUUGUCCUCCUGAAAAUGAUGCUAAUGAGUGUUUUCACCUCCUACUACAGGAUUACACGCAAAGUCUUUGCAAAUCCAGAGGAUGCUGCUGCUCAUGCCAAGGGAGGAGAUCUGAAGAAAUUUAUCAGAACAGAUGAAAGUGUGGAGCGAGUACGCAGGUGUCAUCUGAACGACAUUGAGAACAUUAUACCGUUUGUGGGACUUGGUCUGGUCUAUGUGCUCAGUAAUCCCGAAUUAUCGACUGCACUUUUACAUUUCCGCAUCUUUGCCGGUUCUCGCAUUCUGCACACAAUCUCCUAUCUAACGCCACUGCCACAGCCAAGCCGAGCACUGACCUUCUUCAUCGGAUUUCUUGUCAAUGCUUCCAUGGCAUAUGCAAUUCUGAGUACCAUCUCUUAUUUUUAA